AUGUCAGCCAAACCCAAGCUCUGUUACUUCCAUGGCAGGGGCAGGAUGGAGUCUAUCCGCUGGCUGCUGACUGCAGCUGGAGUGGAGUUUGAAGAAGAAUUUUUUGAAACAAGAGAACAAUAUGAAAAGUUGCAGAAAGAUGGACGCCUGCUUUUCGGCCAAGUGCCUUUGGUUGAAAUUGAUGGAAUGCCGCUGACACAGACUACAGCCAUCCUCAGCUACCUCGCGGCUAAGUAUGACCUUUACGGGAAGGACCUGAAGGAGAGAGUCAGGAUCGACAUGUACACCGAUGGCACCCUGGAUCUGAUGAUGAUGAUAGCGGUGGCUCCUUUCAAACCCCCUAAAGAAAAAGAGGAGGCCUUGGCUUUAGUGGUGAAGAAAGCUAAAACCCGCUACUUGCCCGUCUUUGAAAAGAUUUUGAAAGACCAAGGAGAAGAUUUUCUCGUUGGCAACAAAUUCAGUUGGGCAGAUGUGCAAUUGCUGGAAGCUAUUUUAAUGGUGGAAGAAUUGGAUGCUUCUGUUCUUUCUGACUUCCCUUUGCUAACGGCAUUUAAAACAGGUAUCAGCAACAUCCCUACAAUUAAGAAGUUCCUGCAGCCUGGGAGUCAAAGGAAGCCGCCCCCGGACAGCCACUAUGUUGAAGUAGUCAGGAACAUUCUGCAGUUCUAA